UAUUCAAAUACCAAAGCAAAAUACUCAACAUUUAGAUUUUAUCUCUCUAACACCUUUGUUUUCUCUCAGACAAAAUACACAGUAUUAUUUUCUACAAUGGUGAGAAAUAUGAGUGACAAACAGAAAAUUGGAUGUAUGAAAAAGUGGUUCAUGUCUUGUCAAAUUGUUCUUAGCAUGAUAUUAGUUCAAGUUUUUGCAACUGGAAUGCAACUUUUAUCAAGAGUCAGUUUGGUUCAUGGUACUUACAUUUUUGCUCUCAUUGCUUAUCGAUAUAUUGUUGCUGCUAUCUGUGUUGUUCCCUUUGCACUCUACUUUGAAAGGGGACUAGAGAAGAAGUUUAAUUGGAAAGUUUGGUUUUGGCUUUUUGUUAACGCAUUGGUGGGGAUGACUAUGUCUUUAGGAUUAUUUUACUAUGGUCUUCGAGACACAUCUGCUGCUUACUCAGUCAACUUUCUCAAUUUGAUUCCUAUUUGUACAUUUUUCACUUCUAUUAUAUUCAGAAUGGAGAGCUUAAAGAUUGGAACGUGGGGUGGUAGAGCAAAGUUUUUUGGGGCAAUUUUAUGUGUUGGCGGAGCAUUAACUACAAGUCUCUUCAAAGGAAAAGAAUUUCAUAUUGGUCUUUAUCAUAGCCAUCAUGAAAUUGCAAUUUCAACAUCCAAAACUCACAUGUUUUUUGGCACUUUAUUUUUGGUUGGAUCUUGCUGCUGUUACACAGCUUGGUUUAUUAUUCAAGUGAAGUUGAUUAAAGUAUUUCCCUUGAAGUAUUGGGGAACAAUGUUAUCAUGUGUUAUGGCAGGAAUUCAAUCCGCAUUAAUAGGAUUAUGUAUAAAUUCCAAUAUAGAUGCUUGGAGAUUAGGAUGGAAUCUACAACUCAUUACUAUUCUAUUUACGGGAGUAUUGGGUACUGCAGCUAUAUUUUGUUUAAUAUCAUGGACAAUUACAAUCAAGGGGCCUACUUAUCCUUCAAUGUUUAAUCCACUUGCUCUAAUCUUUGUGGCCAUAUCAGAGGCUAUCAUACUUGGUGAACCAUUAAGAGUUGGAACGUUAUUAGGCAUGAUUUUGAUUUUAUUGGGACUAUAUUACUUUUUAUGGGGAAAAAGGAAUGAGAUGCAAAGUUCGCCUCAUACAAAUGUUGCAGCAGAUGUAUUAUCAACACGCAUGAUUGAUGGUGAUCCUAGUGUGUCUAAAUCAACAGUGGCUGUUGCACCAAUUUCUUCACCUUAUGAUAGUGUACUUGAAAUUGAUAAAGCGAUUCAGAAUUGAUAAUAUUAUUAUGUGGUAGAAAACCCGAGUAUUGCACGGGUUAUAUUACAAUAAAUGUUUUAAACAUUUUAAUAAAUAAAGAAUAAACAAUUUUAAUACAUAA